AUGGCCCAUUUCCUAACGACGACGAGGUACAUACCUCUAGCGGAAAAUAGCGGCAGGAAAGACUUUUCGAUUGAGCCGUGGUUCCACGGUGGAGACAGAGAUCUUCAUCUGAAUGGAGCCUUCUGCUCGGAGAGGGCUGCUGAAACGGGUCUAGGCCGAUUGAUCCUUGCCGAGAGAUUUGCAGCAGACCAUCUCCGCGAACCGCUGGACUUUGGUGAUGGCAGUGACUAA